AUGUCGGCGGAAGGCUCAGAUGCUGCUCCAGUCGUGAACAAGAACAAACGGCAUAGGAAGGACAAGCCCUGGGACACAGACGACAUUGACCAUUGGAAAAUCGAUCCAUUUCAACCCGAUGACAACAAAGCUGGUCCGUUCACGGAGGAGUCCUCGUUUGCAACCCUCUUCCCCAAGUAUCGCGAGAAGUACUUGCGGGAAGUUUGGAGUGCGGUGACACAGGCAUUGGAUCCACAUGGAAUUGCCUGUACGCUCGAUCUUAUUCAUGGUUCCAUGGCCGUACGGACAACUCGUAAAACGUACGAUCCGUACAUCAUACUCAAAGCUCGGGAUAUGAUCAAGUUGCUCGCACGAGGAGUAGCGGUUGCUCAGGCCGUGAAAAUCCUAAACGACGACGUCGCGUGCGACAUUAUCAAGAUUGGAAACAUUGUGCGGAAUAAGGAGCGGUUUGUGAAGAGGCGACAGAGGAUCAUUGGUCCCGAUGGAAGCACGCUCAAGGCCAUAGAGCUCCUCACGCAGUGCUAUGUUCUCGUACAAGGGAACACUGUGGGCGUGAUGGGUCCGUACAAGGGUCUGAAGGAGGUUCGGAGAAUAGUCCUGGACUGCAUGAAGAACAUCCACCCUAUAUACCGAAUCAAGGAACUCAUGAUCAAGCGCGAGCUGGCGAAGGACCCUCAGCUAGCAACAGAGUCUUGGGAUCGUUUCUUGCCCAAGUUCCGCAAACGCCAUCUCAAGACGUCCGAGAAGACGGCGCGGAAGAACGAGCGGGUGCAGGAGAAGAACGAGGCACGCAAAGCUGCUGGUCUCCCUACACUCGAGGAGGCGAAGAAGGAGAGGAAGGAGAAGAAGGUCUAUACGCCCUUCCCUCCCCCGCAGCAGCCGCGCAAGGUCGAUCUUCAACUCGAGUCUGGAGAGUACUUCCUCAAAGCGCACCAAAAGGAGGCAAGGGAGGCGAAGAAGAGGAAAGAGAAGCAAGAGGAGGUCACUGCGGAGAGGCAGGCAAAACGUGCAGAAGCUUUCGUUGCGCCUGAGGAGGAUGCUGCACCCACGAUCGAAGAGAAGCGGAAACGUAAGCAUACUCGGGAGCAUGGUGAUAAUCACGGUCAGGACGAGAGUGCGAAGAAGAGAAAGAAAAAGAAGCGGGUUGAAGCUGAGGCCUAA